CCUUUUCCACAAACUAGGUAAGGCCAGCUCCGUUCUCAUUUUUCUCAUACAAACCGCAGAAACAGCCGACAGGCUACAAAAACAUCUCUACUUUUUGGUACCCCAGAAAGUAAAAACUCUCAAAAAGCAUCAAAAGCCAAAAGCAAAUACCAGAAGUAAACAAAUUCAUGAGUGGUUUGCCACUUGUACUGUAUUUGUGGACCAAUCAUAUUUAACAUAUAACUUUCACUUUUCAGUUGCCCCACGCAAUUCAUGCCUACUCGUCUAUGAUGUUUUCUAUGCUACACAAAAUCCACACCGCCUAGUAAAACCCCAUAUACCCAUUACUCUCUGUUUGCUUCCUUUAUCUUUUUGCUCUGCUCUGAUCUCCUUGGAAGACCCAUCUGGAACAAUGCCUGAGAAAUCAACAGCUGAGAAUCUUGCGGACAUUGUUGAAACACUUGCUGAUAGUGUUUCAAAGAGGAAAUCUGUGUCUUUUUUUGUGGAAGAGAAAUCAAACCCAGUCGCUAAUCAGUUUAAGAGGCUGUUUGGACGCGAGAAUCCUGUCCACAAUCUUUUGGGGGGAGGAAAAUCUGCUGAUGUGUUGUUAUGGAGGAACAAGAAGAUCUCAGCUAGUGUUUUAACUGGUGCAACAGUUAUCUGGGUGCUAUUUGAAUGGCUCAAUUACCAUUUUCUAACUCUUAUAUUCUUUGCUCUGGUUCUUGGUAUGCUUGCUCAGUUUAUUUGGACAAAUGCUUCAGGCUUAUUCAACAGUGGCAGGUCACAGUCUAAAGUUCCCCGUCUUGUUCUGCCUAAAGAGAUAUUUGUCAACAUUGCCGUUCAAAUAGGUGCGGAGGUUAAUCGAGCUCUGGGUUUUCUUCAGGAUGUUGCAUGUGGAGGAAACAUUAAGCAAUUUCUUUUGGUUGUAUUAAGCUUGUGGGCUGCUGCUGUGGUAGGGAGCUGGUGCAAUUUUUUGACUGUAUUUUAUGUUGGUUUUGUAGCUGCCCACACGUUGCCAGUCUUAUACGAGAGGUACGAAGAUGAAGUUGACAACUUUGUAUAUGCAGUCCUGGAACAGAUUCAGCAUAACUAUCAGAAGCUGGAUGCUGGUCUCCUGAGCAAGAUUCCUAAGGGAAAGCUCGAGGGGAAGAAAUCUGAGUAGAAUAAUGUAGUAAAAUAACUAAGAUCUUAAGAAGUUCCAUGUCCAUCUCAUCUAUUAAUGAUGAUUGAAUUUCAUAUUUAUGGUUAUUGAAGUAGAGAAUGUCUAUAAUCAGACUACAAAAAACAGAAGUUAUACUUUAAGGAAUGGUCUUUGUUUACCAA